AUUUUGGAGCAAUUUCAAAGUCUAGCUUUAGAACACAUUUUUUUUUAAUCCAAAACCCUAAAAACAUUUCCUUUUCUCUGUACUCGCCCAAGCUUGCCUUCGCUCACUUCCUUCUUCAUCGUUGCUACUACGCCCAAACUCACCGUCCACCUCAGUCACCAACUCGCGGUUCCCAUAAUCUGCGACCAUCAGCUACCGCGAAUUGGUGUACAAUGGCUAUCCCCACUCCAAAUUCAUGGGAAUUUAUUUGUGACCUAGAAGUAGAUUACGGGUCGGAGGAGAAUGCUUCGAUAGUCUAUGCUGCAUUAGCAGUUGAUAAGGAGUUGCAGCCAGACAAAGUGAAAAGGCAGAUGUCCUUGUCUGACGGAAAGCUUUCAGUGGAGCGGUAUAGAAUGUUUCGUUUAGUUAAAGUUGUAGCGAUAAUCUUGCGUGUUUGCUUGUAUAAUUGCAUUUUGAGGCAGUUGAAGCAAGAUUUCUUCGAGCAUCCUAUAGCGCUUUUGUUGAUAUCCUUACCCUUGCUACAAAAACUAUCGAAGAAUUCGGAAAAGGAAUGGAAUUGUGACAAAGAUUGUGAACAACAAUGUAUUAUUUUCUUCUAGUUAGGAGGGUGAAUCUUGCAUUGAAUGAGCUGUAAACUGAAUGAAAAAUUGGUGUUUCUGAAUGUUCUAUUUUACAAAGCAUGAUUUCACUAUAUCAUAUAUAUUUUUUGUUUUGGGAUAA